AUGGCUGACGCUACGAUCAAGAGCCUCCGAGACAGCCUCUGCUCCGAAUCCACGCCCCUGCCGGUUCGGUUCCGAUCCCUCUUCUCGCUCAAGCACCUGGCCAAGACGUCCGAAGGCGAAUUUGCCAUCGCCGCCAUCGAUGCCAUCGCGGCUGCUUUUGCGUCGCCAUCCGCGCUGCUCAAGCACGAGCUAGCCUACUGCUUGGGGCAAACCGGAAACGGCGCCGCCGUGGAUCCGCUGCGCCGUGUCCUCUCCGAUCUGCAGGAGGACCCCAUGUGCCGGCACGAGGCCGCCGAGGCUCUGGGCGCCCUUGGAAGGGCCGACGACCUGGAUCUGCUGGAGCACUUCCGGGAUCGCGAGGGCGAGGACGUUGUCGUCAAGGAGACUUGCGAGAUCGCCAUCGACAGAAUACACUGGGAGAAUUCCGAGGAGAGGUUGCAGGAGAAGCUGCGACAAAGCGACUUCGCCUCCAUCGAUCCCGCGCCUCCCAUGCCCGAGUCAGAGAAAACCGUCGACGACCUCGCGAAGCAGCUUGUGGAUGUCAACCUGCCGCUGUUCCUGCGAUACCGUGCAAUGUUUGCUCUCCGAGACUUUGCCUCGCCCCCCGAUGCGCCCACGGCGGUCCCUGCAGUCCAUGCACUGGCCAAGGGCUUCAAGGACGAGUCGGCCUUGUUCCGGCAUGAGAUCGCCUUUGUGUUCGGGCAGCUGUCACACCCGGCUUCCAUCCCCGCUCUCACCGAGGCAUUGAGCGAUGUAAACGAGGCGAGCAUGGUCCGGCACGAGGCUGCCGAGGCCCUCGGCAGCCUGGGCGAGGAGGAGGGUGUUGAAGAGACCCUGAAAAGCUUUUUGCAGGACAAGGAGAAGGUAGUCCGCGAGAGUGUCAUUGUGGCGUUGGACAUGGCCGAGUACGAGAAGAGCGCAGACGCCGAGUACGCACUGAUCCCGGAAGUUGCAGGUGCUACUGCCUAG